UGGGAGCACAUCUCUAUGGACUUCCGCUCCUGCCCGAAGGACAAGCGCGGUUUCGACGAAGCCUGCGUGAUCGUGGACCGCUUGACGAAACGGGUGAUCUCGAUUCCCUGCCAUAAGAAUGUGUCCGCAGUUGAUAUGGCCCAGCUCUUCCUUGAAUAUAUAUAUCGGUGGGUAGGGCUGCCGGAGUCAAUCCUUUCGGACCGUGGAGGCCAGUUUGUCUCUUCUUUCUGGGAGGAGCUCUGCUUACGGCUGAGGAUCAAGCGCAAACUAACCUCGGGACAAAAGCCCUCUACGAACGGCCAUACAGAGAUCGUCAAUCAGUAUCUUGCCCAGAAACUGCGUCCGUUUGUAAACUACUAUCAGGAUAACUGGUCGGAGCUGCUACCGGCUAUGGACUUCGCCUACGCCGUCCUUGAACACGAGUCAACCAGGUUAUCUCCCUUCCAGGUGGAGCGUGGCUAUGAGCCCCGGGUCUCCUUUGACUGGGCCUCGCCUUCAAAGCCUCGAGAUAAGCCCCAGGAUCAAGCCGAAGCUCGCCGUAUUGCUCGCAAUUUGGAGCAAAUCUGGGACUACGCUAGGGGUCAAACGAA